CCGGUGCACCACAGAUUCUCUCUCCGUUUCAACUGAUCAGCGAGAGCCCCCGCAAGACGACUUUCCAUCUCUCUCUCGCUCCCACCCUCACUGCAACUCUGUUCCCGAUCUCUUUCUACCCGCCGCCACCUCAAUUCUUCAGCGCCAUGGCCUCCGAUUCUCCUCCGAAUUACAGAGAACCAUCUGGAGAACUAGGCGAUGAUACUUUGAAGGUGUUGCAGUUCAGAAUAAAUCAACUCAAGAAGCAGAUUCAAUAUGAGAGAACUCUUUCAAUAAAAGCAAAUGUUGAAGAGAACAUUGGGAGGCUAGACCCUCACGUUAACCAAUUUUUGGAGCUAGCUGGGUCCAGAAUCGAUGCUUCAUCAUUAGACAACAGCCAGCCGGGUGAUAUGCUCUCUUUUAGAAUUGCAAAUCCCCUCUGCAAAGUUAGUGGGCUUAUCCAAGAGUCUAGAGAGAGAGACUGUGCUACUAGCAGUCAAGAAGCGGUGUCUGUGAUAACUGCCAAGCUUCCAUCCGUCCAGAAACUACCUCCAUAUACGACUUGGGUGUUCUUAGACCGGUACAGAAACUAUCAUAUUGAUGUGUUAUAUUUUAUUCUGUUUGGUUUUAUUUCAAUUUUCAAUUUCACGCGGAAGUACUUUCCAAAAUCUAAAAAUAAUAACAUGUGCCUCAUUUCUUUUAUUGCCUUCCUCAGUACAAAUUAAUUUUUAUGGAAAUGAACCGUAGCUUGUUAUACUUCAGAAGCUCCUUGAAUGUGUGUAUAUCGAGGAUAUAAAUGUUAGGAGCUUAAAUUGAGGAACGAAAUCGCUAGAAACUUACACAGUUCUCAUAUAUGGCUGAAUAUUAACGAUCCAUGGUCACUCUAUUAUUGAACAGCUUGCUGAAGUUUAGCUUCAGAUUGUUGAGAGAAAAUACUAUAAAAUUCUAAUCUGAAAGUCAAAACGGAAUGGACUUGUUGCACUAAUUUUCAUUAUUUCUGUCACACAACCCAACUUCUUUGAGGCUGAUUAGAUAUAUGGUGAAAUCCACUCAUUGGUGUGGGCGGGAUGGAACAGGUAUUUUGACAAAAUUGGCCAAUCUUUUGCAUGUCAGCCUCAUUCCCUCAUACUUUAUUUGCGUUUGUUCAAUGCUCCCUUGGUCACAACCUUCUGUUAUUUCUCAGCCAGAGGUGCUGGCAAAUACUUAAUGGUUCCAUUUAUAUUCUCACAAUAAAAUGAUCUAUAUAUGCUCCCUUUCUCUAAAGCCUUGUUCACAAAGCACAGAAAUCAGAGAAUGGCUGAAGACCAAUCAGUACUUGGAAGGCGGCGCAUUUACUAUGAUCAACAUGGAAGCGAGGCACUAAUCUGCAGUGACAGUGAAGAAGAGAAUGCAGAACCAGAGAUAAAGAAAAAUUCAUUCUCUAAAGGCGAGGAUAUGAUUCUAAGGAUGGCUUUACAAGAGUACGGGAUAAGUGGGAAGGUUCUAGGCAUGUUGACCCAAUUCAUUGGAGGCUCCACUUCUGAAAUCCAGGUAAUCUGAGUUUCUUGUCAGCAACUCAGCAUGGAUUGCGUUCCACUCACCCAGCCCCCCAACCCCCCCUCAACAGCUAAAUCUUCUAAGAGUGAUACCCGGCAUCUGUUUUAUGCUAUUGUGAUAUGCGACACACAGGACCGGUACAAUGUUCUUGAAGGAAAACAUAUGGAAGCAGAAAAAAACAUAAAAUCUUUGGAAGAAAGAGGAUCUGAAAGAAAGCUGCUACUGGAGAAAAGCCUUUCCACUGCCUUGGAUUCUUUCGAUAAUCUUUUUUGUCGCCGUUGUUUGGUGUGUCAUAAAUAUAUUGGUUCUACUUGAUGUGGAUGGUAGAAACUACUGUACAUUUUACUAUAUGUUGCCAGACAGUUGAUAGCUUUUAUUUGGAAACCAGGUGUUUGAUUGCCGUCUACAUGGCUGUUCUCAAGUUCUCAUUGAUGCUAUUGAGAAACAAUCAUACUUUUCUGAUAAAGCUCACAGGAAACCCUGCAGUGAUCAGUGUUAUCUUCAGGUACGAGUAGUAGUUAUUAUCAUGAUGUUUCUGAAUGCUAUCCAAUUCCUCAAGUUUUUUCUGUUCUGAAGGGAAAAAAGGUGGGAAUGUCUUGAAUCAUUCUGAAUGUCUGAAUGAUUCUCUUGCAGCAUAAAUGUGUUAUAUAGUACUAUCUAUAUUCUAGCAAAUUAACCGGGAUGCUUGAGUGAGGCAAUGUGCAGUUUAUCAUCUCAAUCUGCUUCUCCAGAGUAGCUUCUUUUUACUGACAUCUUUUUCGAUCCCUCUAUGGGGAUAUGCCUCUCUAUUAUAAUAGUUCAAAGUCACUAGACUCUUACCUGGGGAUCCAGCCACAGAUCUACCUGGUAGAUCUGAAAGAAAGAUUUUAGAAAAGAGGUCUGAGAAUUUGGCCAGUCUCAAUGCCGGAGAGCAAGGUAAAAGUGAAAACAAUGAUUAUUUUAAUGAUCUCUUUAAAUAUUUUCACGUGUAUUUUAUUAUUAUUUUUAAAAUGUGGGUGGGUAUGUUUGGAAAGUGUUUAGAGUUGCCACCUGAUCACCAAGUCACUGACUUAGUUAUUUAACAACAACCUACCCAGUGUAUUCCCACAAGGUGGAUGGGUGCAAGCAAACCUCACCCAUACCAAAAAUGGUUGAGAGAUUGUUUCUGAAAGACACCGAGCAAGUUACUUAGUUAUCUCACUUAUCUGCUUUUCUUAAUAGGUGAACACUCUGAUAGCAAUCCAAAACAAAAAGCAUUAGAUCCUAUGUACCUAACCCCAGAAAACCAUAAAGGGCAUAAACUAGUUUCUGAUGAACUACUACAAGAUCCUCACAAUAAGAAGCUGAAGUUGUCAGUUCCUAGUUCCAUUGGCAUGCCCAUGGAAUGUGUAUCUGAUGCAAAUCAUCCAAAGAUGAUUACUGAUGAUGUUGUUUGUGAGUCGCAUAAGUGUUCAUCAGAGUCAAGUACUCGUUUAAUUAUGUCUCGAGACAAUACUGAGGCCAUUAAUAAAUGUAAAGAAGCAGCCACUUGUGACUCUCCUAAGGGGGAUCCAAGGUAUAGUUUUGGUAAAACGCUUUGUAAAGGCUUGCUUGGAAUCCCUGACUGGAAACCACUUGAGAAAGAAUUAUAUUUGAAGGGCAUAGAGAUAUUUGGCAUGAACAGCUGCCUCAUAGCUAGGAAUUUACUCCCUGGCUUGAAAUCGUGCAUCGAAGUUUCAAGAUACAUGUAUAAUGAUGGAGCACAAAUGCAUCCUGGAUCCUCUGACAUUCUCUGUUUCUUUUCCGAUCACAACAGGGAAGCUCAAUUGGAUCAAAUGGAGUUAGAUAUGCCAGCUAGAUCCCGUCUUUUUCGUCGAAGGGGCAGGGCUCGUAAGCUCAAGUACUCAACAAAGUCAUCUGGUCAUCCAUCAUUGUGGAGAAAAGUUGCAGAUGGGAAAUAUCAGUCCUGCAAUCAAUAUAAUCCAUGUGGGUGCCAAUCUAUGUGUGGAAAGGAAUGCCCUUGUUUACAGAACGGUACUUGCUGUGAAAAAUAUUGUGGGUGCUCAAAAGGCUGUAAAAACCGCUUUCGUGGGUGCCACUGUGCAAAGAGUCAAUGUAGAAGUCGGCAAUGCCCGUGCUUUGCUGCAGGACGAGAAUGUGAUCCAGAUGUUUGCCGCAAUUGUUGGGUUAGCUGUGGAGAUGGGUCGCUAGGUGAACCUCCCAUGCAAGGAGAUAGUCAAUGUGGUAACAUGAGGCUCCUCUUGAGGCAGCAACAACGGAUCCUUUUGGCAAAAUCUGAUGUAGCUGGGUGGGGUGCCUUUCUGAAGAGCCCCGUUAACAAAAACGAUUACCUGGGAGAAUAUACAGGUGAAUUGAUCUCACACCGAGAAGCAGAUAAGCGUGGAAAAAUCUAUGAUCGGGCUAAUUCCUCCUACCUUUUUGACUUGAAUGAUCAGUAUGUGCUUGACGCAUACCGCAAAGGAGACAAGCUGAAAUUCGCCAAUCAUUCCUCAAAUCCGAACUGCUAUGCAAAGGUGAUGCUCGUAGCUGGUGAUCACCGGGUUGGCAUCUUUGCAAAGGACCGCAUCGGAGCUAGCGACGAACUUUUCUAUGAUUACCGGUAUGGGCCUGAUCAGGCACCCGCAUGGGCUCGCACCCCUCCCCAUCCUCAUCCCUUGAAGAGAGACCGUUCGCCAUUACCCCAACUACUUCGUGCCAAGAAGCAUGACCAAACUCUUCUUCAUUACACUAAUUAGUGUUAUGAUACCCCCUUUUAACAUGCUUCUUUGCUGUAUUAUAUUGUUAAUCAAAAAUCAAAAUAAUAGUGUAAAUUAAAUCAAUAAAUAAAGAUGAGCCCAAAUUGAUGAGAGGUCACUCUUCUCUGCCUUU